UUGAGCAUUGAAAGAGGGGGCCAUCAUCCCGGCGGCUCGGAGGUGAAAAAAUACAGUUUAAAGUCUCUCUGGAUGCAUUUAAAAUGAACAAGCAGGCUUUUCUGACAGGCACCUGAAUGCCCGUCCAGCGCCCUUUCAUUUCCUCGCUGGGUUCCUUUGGAUGUACUCCCUUGGCUCCCUACGUUUUGUGCUGUCCAUCUGAUGUUUCCCAAGACUCCUCAAGACCAAUGUCUUAGUUCUGACUAGACAUUCAUUAAAAAAAGUACUUUCAUGCAUUCAGUAUACAAAGCUUAAAAAAGAAAUCUCCAGCAGGAAUUCCAACAACCCAUCACCUGUAUCGCCCUCCUUCCCCUCUCCCUUUUUCUCUGACGUCAGAUUAAGAGGGGCACCGAAACCCACUUAAGACGCACAGGCGCACACAUAACGCGCACAGGCCAGCAUGUCCUCCAUCCUUCCCUUCACUCCCCCGGUAGUGAAGCGCCUCCUGGGAUGGAAGAAGACUCCGGCAGGGAGUGGGGGAGCCGGAGGAGGCAUCGGAGGAGUUGGGGAGCAGAAUGGAGGGGGGCAGGAGGACAAGUGGUGUGAAAAAGCUGUAAAGAGCUUGGUGAAGAAGCUGAAGAAGACUGGGCAGCUGGAUGAGCUAGAGAAAGCCAUCAGCACGCAGAACAGCAACACAAAGUGUGUGACCAUACCCAGUAAUUGCUCAGAUCUAUGGGGUCUAGGCUCAGGCCACACGAUAGAGCAGUGGGACUCUACAGGAAUGUACGGAUACCCUGACCACGGCAGGUCACUGGACGGGCGUCUUCAGGUGUCCCAUCGCAAGGGCCUGCCCCACGUCAUCUACUGCCGCCUGUGGAGAUGGCCGGACCUCCACAGCCACCAUGAGCUCAGGGCCAUCGACUCCUGCCAGUUCGCCUUCAACCUCAAAAAGGAUGAAGUGUGUGUCAAUCCCUACCAUUACCAGAGAGUGGAGACGCCGGUGCUGCCUCCGGUGUUGGUGCCACGCCACACAGAGAUCCUGACAGAGCUUCCUCCUCUAGACGACUUUACAAACUCCAUCCCCGAAAACACCAACUUCCCUGCCGGCAUAGAUCCUCCUAAUAACUAUAUACCAGAGACUCCUCCACCUGGCUACAUCAGUGAAGAUGGAGAAACCAGCGACCAGCAGAUGAAUCAAAGUAUGGAAUCAGGCUCACCAGCAGAAAUGUCACCCGGCACCCUAUCACCUGUCAGUCAUGCUCUGGACCUUCAGCCAGUCACCUACAGUGAACCAGCUUUCUGGUGCUCGAUAGCCUACUAUGAGUUAAACCAGCGGGUCGGAGAGACGUUCCACGCCUCGCAGCCAUCGCUGACAGUCGAUGGCUUCACCGACCCCUCCAACUCUGAACGCUUCUGUCUAGGGCUUCUCAGCAAUGUUAACAGGAACGCAACUGUUGAAAUGACAAGGAGACACAUAAGUCGCGGUGUAAGGUUGUAUUACAUCGGAGGGGAGGUGUUCGCCGAGUGCCUCAGUGACAGUGCCAUUUUUGUCCAGAGUCCCAACUGCAACCAGCGAUAUGGCUGGCACCCUGCCACAGUCUGCAAGAUACCGCCAGGCUGCAAUCUGAAGAUUUUUAACAACCAGGAGUUUGCUGCACUGCUGGCCCAGUCAGUCAAUCAGGGGUUUGAGGCAGUCUACCAACUAACCAGGAUGUGCACCAUCAGAAUGAGCUUCGUCAAGGGCUGGGGAGCGGAGUACAGACGUCAGACCGUAACCAGCACUCCCUGUUGGAUUGAGCUGCAUCUCAAUGGCCCCCUCCAGUGGUUGGAUAAGGUGCUGACCCAGAUGGGUUCACCAUCAGUGCGCUGCUCCAGCAUGUCCUAAACCAGGUCCUGCUGCUGCCUACGCAAAGUCAGUCUGACUUUUCACAACAUUUGUCCUUGCCUGUAUGUCCUAAGGAAGACCACCGUGCAGUCUUAAAUUGAUGCACCACCAACAUUAUCAUUUUAAGAAAGAGAAAAAAAUAAAAUAAAAAAUUAUACAAUGCACCUGGAGGACGGGAGAACGACAUCGCUGAUAAGACAAUAGUGGGAUGUUAACAAUGAUGUCACAGUGGGCCUGAUCAUCCUUUCUGGCUCCGUUGGAUUAAUGUUAGGAUGACAUUCCAGUAAUCAUGGAUCUAGUAAUUGAAAUCUUCCUGCAAUAUAUAAAAAUGUCGUAAUGGACCAGACUGCAUUCAUGUUUUUUGGUAUUUGACUGAGGCUCUGAUCCAGGAACUGCUUCGCUGUCCUGCUAAGUGACACGGCAGUGGCCGUUUCGGGGACACGCGUGUGACCUCCUAGCUACAGGGCUGUCUCUCUACAACCACUAGUCCACCUUACUGCUUCACUACCUACCGGCCGCGGCGCAACUUUGAUUCAGCGUCAGGAUUUUUUUUUUUUUUUUUACACAAGGUUGACCAGCAGUAGUACUGCCACUCACUGGCUCACGUUCAACCAAAGUCAGCUCCACGCCUGGACAUGAAUUCUUUCUUGGUUUUGAUGACCGAACUUCCAUUCCGUUUUCAUCUGAAAUUUCCACUCUUCUUCUAAAUCAGGCAUGUGCCGUUAUCUCAGACCUGCCGACGCUGCAGUGAUAGACUUCAGCUCUGAAAGGGGUGACCACUGGGGAGAGCAUGUUGAUGUCUAUAAUUAAUAUUCCAGACCCUGUCUUCACAUGGUCAAAUGCGCGCACACACACACACACACACACACACACACACACACACACACACAUAUACA